CGUGCGGACCCACCAGCCUUCCUUUCGCUGACCGUAGCAGGCUGCCUAUGAAUUUUCGAUAUUUUUUAUUUCCGCCAUAUUUUUCUCGUGUUCUUUCAAUCGAAUUGCGCUUAGCCGGAGCGGUCAACCAGUUUUUCAAGCAACGAUAGUUUCUGACGUUUUUGAUUACGUAAAGUGCCACGAGUGAUAUUAUUGCAGUAGGCACAAUAACUCCAUCUACAUAAACAGCAGUGAAAAACUAUCCGAACGCAUAAAAACUCUUCUCCAUUUGUACAUGAAAUAUUAAACAUGGUUAUUUAUCGCUCGAUAUCUCGGGAAGAGCUCGGCGAGCAUGCGACUCGCCAGGAUUGCUGGAUUGCGCUUCACGGUUGGGUCCUGAGAGUCGACGCGAAGACGCUUCAGGAGCACCCGGGCGGCGCGCAGUCCAUUCUUCGGUUAUGGAAGUGUCACAAUCGAAAUUGACAAAAUCGAAAAACUUGUGAUGCAUAAAAUCGAUACCAGUUGGAGCCUCAGUUUGCAAGCGGCGCAUGACAUCAAAUUUCGGGAGAACCCAAAUCCAGUCUGUCAUGCUGUUUGGGCAAAGAAGACUGCUCCUGUCAUACUACUCUGGCAGCACAUUGCAUACCCCGCCGAAACAGGCUUACAAUCGGCCUCAUUUAUUGCCUGCUCCCCAAUACAGGCCUCCAGUGCCCUACGUUUUAUGCAUCACAAAUUUAUUUUCGACUUUGUCGAUUUCGAUCCUGACACAUCCAUCCCGGUUUGCCGGCACGGAUUGCACAACCCCGUUCGAGGAUGCAGGACACAGUAUCCUGAGCAAAAAUGUACCCACCCCAGAGUUGUCAUGCAGAUUUGCAGCUACAGGAAGAUUUGUAAUGCGCAUACACAUGAGAGGCAUUUCCAAUCAGGUUUUGCGCUUUGCAAUGCUGUCGACAGGAUGAGUAGAUGGAUUUGUGUUGCGGCUGUGCUUGCUAAACUGCACUACAAUACCUAGACGAACUUGUCAUGCUGGACCCCCAAAACUUCUCGAUUUGUGUUGCGAAAUCCUCAUCUUGACUCUGGUGUGGGGACGUUUUUACACAGGAUACCGAGUGACUUUGCGCGCGACUGGUGCAACCGGCUCGAAGUGAUGGGGCAAUUUUUCGAUGUGGAUGAAAAUGAGAAACAGAGCGGGGCAGCUUCUUGUUCUACGAGAAGAUCCUUUUUGAAGAGCAACGAUGAUAUAAUUAGCAAUAUGGAACAAGAAGAGCAGCCACGGAAGAAGAUUCCUGGCGUAGUAGGGCGACACCACGACUUGGAGAUGAGCAGUCAGAGAUCACCUACUGUUCCCGAGGACCACCUCCAGGACCACCCGUUGCAAGAAGUAGAAGGCGCAGCACGACAUUAUGGCGUUCUCAAAUGUUACAUUCUCAACUGUUACAUGAUUUGUCAUGCAAAACGAGCAUCAACGUCCACAAAAUGAAGCUACUUCGCAUGACAAAUUUUGGAAGGGCUAAACGGGAUGAGAAUCUAUGCCGAAUUUGUAAUGCAAAAGUUGCAAGACCCGGCCUUUCCCCGUUGCCAUUCUUGCAUCACAAAUUCAUGUAACAGUUGAGAAUGUAACAAUUGAGAAUCCCAUAGAAAUCAAGUUCCGGUCCGCAUUGCUCGCAUGUUUGUGUACCCGAUCAAGGCUUGCGCAGGAGUGGAGAUCGACCGUGCAGUUAUGACCAAGCACGGGGGCGGGUUUGCGCACGACCGCGAGUACGUUUUCGCGGCCGAGCAAGAUGAAGACGAAGAGCAAUUUCAUAAUACGGAAGAACAUCAACUUCUGCUCCCGGACGAGGACGAGAAGACGGAAUCAAAUACAAAUGGUUGUACAAAAAAUGCGAAACGAAGAUUUUUGAAGCUGCUCGUGCCGUACGAUUUGCCUGCACUCGCUUGGUAUCAAAUGUAAAAAUAUCUGGGUCCGGAACAAAGCAACUUGUCAUGCUAAAUCUGAAUCAUGUAAAAAUCUGUGUUGCAUGAUUACCAAAAGCGGUCCGCUUUUGACCUAAUCGAGAGGCAGUUUCUCAUGGAGGAGAGGCAUUGGAAAGGUUUCGCAGAACCUGUCAUGCUAUGUCCUACAUACCAGACCUCAUGGGUUAUGGAAAACCUGCAUGACAAAUCUGGCAAUCUUCCAGACCCAAACAUUUUUACAUUUGAUACCUGGAUCCAACCGUCUUUGCCCACUUCGAAGGGGAUGCAGAUUGAGCUGCGGAAUUAUAACAGUAGUGCGGGUCAAGAACAUCCUCUGGCGGAAGUAGAUGACAGUUUUUUCGUCCCAAGGAUCAGCAGUGCAAAGGAUGGAACAUCAAAGAGGUACGUCAACAUGUACAAGAAGUGCUUGCUGGAGGGGAUCGACCAGGGGGAUGCGGUGGCAGACCGCGUCACAAAAUUUCUCCACCACCAUCAUCCGGAGGUGGUGGAAAACUUAGCUCUACGUCAUGGCAAGAACGACCAGGAAGGAAAAAAUUCUAACCAGCAGCACAACACGAACACCAGCAAAAUUAUCCGGCUGUUGCUGCUGACCGACCGGUCUCUGCUGCAUCCAGAGACCGUCCACAUAUCAAAAGUAAAAAUGUCUGGGUCUGGGAACUUGUGAUGCUGGGUGGCGUCUCAUGAUGAGGCUACAAAUGCUGGCUCAGCAUGACAAGUUUCUGAGCUCCUAGGUGUUGCCUAUUCUGCAUGGCAAACUGCGCUUCUGCAUCACAGAAAAGCGGAGCUCUUGGGUAACGUGCGUGACAGAUUUAAGAGUCAUGCCAGACAAGCAUGACAAACAUGAAUUCUUCCAGACCCAGACAUUUUUACAGUUGAUACCACACCGGGCUCUACCACCAGCCGCGGGGCGGAUCGAACUACACUCCGUUUAUGUUUAUGCGCGAGCAGACGUUGGCGGCAAUCAACCGAAAGUUUUUUCCCACUGAGCCGUUGCGGGUCACGAUUUUGCGGUUUCGCCCGAACAUCGUCUUUCGCGAGGAGGAUGUUGAAGCUGAGGUACUAGCACGACUAUCUCGUGGUUCCCGUCCAAAUGGAGUAGAACAAUUCAGUUGUCCAACAUCGUCUGAUUUCUCUUUUUCCGAGGAUUCUUGGGAGACGGUCGAGCUGCGGCACCAGCUAUGGAUUGUAAAAAUGUCUGGGUCUGGAAGGUUGGAACUUGUAAUGCUAGCUUUCCAUGCCUAGAAAAUCUAUAUUGCAUAACCAAUAAAAGUCGCAGCCUCUUUUGUCAUGCAAAAACUCAGUUUCUCAUGCGGAUUGCCUAUAAGAAAGCGUUUUGGGAAGUUGUCGUGCCGGACUGCAUUCGGAAGUGUUUGCAUCAUGCACAUUUUAGCAUCACAAGUUUCCAGACCCAGACAUUUUUGCAUUUCAUACCAGCCGUCGCGCUUUUUGCGGGUGCUGAAGUCCUGCGGGCGGUGCAGCCACAUCUUCGUGAACCCCGCACUUGCCGUCUGCGACGGGGACUUUGUGCAGAAAGAGCUCUGCCGACUGGGCCGCGAUGCCCGGGGGAUGCUGGACAAGUUGGAGAGUAAGCUUCAUCUGCUAAAGAACAAGUCGAAGAUUUUUGCAACAACAGCUAUUGGUCGUCGUGGAGACGUCGAGCAAGAAAACCCGGUCCUCGCAAGAAUAAAUUCUACCUCGGUACUAGUUGAUCCCGUGCUCCCGUGGUUUCGAAGCCACUACCAGAAGUUUUUGGACGCGGGGCGGACGACAAAGGUGUUUCUCGGGCUCUGCGGCUCGUUUCACAGUGAAGGAGAUUAUGCCGAUGCCCCCUCCAGAAGAAGUUCUUCUACAUCAGACUGCGUUAAUAUUUUCCACGUUGGACAGGAGUGGGUCGCGAACCUGUCGACCACCCGGUCGCUAAACGAGUUCCGCUCCGAGAUGCUGCGGCCUUGCCAAGACAACCGGGCGCUGCUGGAGAAAACGCGUCCCAUCGACUUGCUCUGUGCCUACGGACCAGAUUUCUUGCAGGUUGUUCCUACACGGCAACAAAACAAAAAUUUGAACAUUGGUGAAGACGAUGAAGCUGCUCCUGCACCAGAUCCGGGCGAAGAAGAAGUGGAUGAGCCCGCAGCUAGUAGAACUACAACUAUAUCUUCUCUGCUUGAAGAUGAAGAUGUUUUCUUGCCGCAAACGCCGGCUUUCGAACGAAAUACACGGCGUCACGUCACGGUGACCGAGGUGGUCGAGCUGUCACGCACGGCGAAGCGGAUAAGGUUCAGCUUCGGAGAUCAUGUUGCUGGCCCUCGUUCUCCAUCUCCAACUACUUGUGCGCCCAUACCGCCGCCGGCCGCAUUGGGUCUCCUAUCAAAUGUAAAAAUGUCUGGGUCUGGAAGAUUCCGAGAUUUGUCAUGCAGUUCUUCCAAGCUCCACCAAGUCUGGAAUGCAGGGCAUAGCAUCAGAGGUUCUGCAGCCCCUUGCUGAUGCCCAUUAUGCAUGAGAAAUGCCCUCUGAGCAUGGCGAGAAAUGGGGACCUUUUGCAAGUCAUGCAACACAGAUUUUUGUAUCAUACGCAACACGCAUCACAAGUUCGCAUUCUUCCAGACCCAGACAUUUUUACAUUUGAUAUCUCCCCUGCGGCUACCACGUGGCGACUUUCGGCGAGAACCCAGCUUUUGCGCGCUCAACGUGGAAUAAACAGCCGCAGUCGGCCGCGGAGAAAUAUGGAAGCGUCAGGUUUGAAAUCGUCAAAGUUGAAAUAGUUUGUCAUGCAUAAAAUGCAGCCCCCAAAGUGCCUGUCUUGCAGAGUAGGCAAGUGAGGCAGAUUGUAAGCCUGUUGAGGGGUAGAAGCUGAGUUGCUAAAGUAGCAUGACAAAAGGCGUCUUUCUUACCCAAACAGCAUGACAAACUGGAUUUCGGCUCUACCCAAAUUUGUCAUGCGCCACUUGAAAACUGGGUCACAACUUUGAUCCAUUUUAUGCAUGACAAAUUAUUUCAACUUUGUCGAUUUCAACUCUGACACAUCCAUAAGAAACUCACGCCUUUUAUCAAAAGGUCCUUUACCCCCGUCCGGUGCGGAAAAGGGUUUUUCGACCUGGUGGUGAAAAUAUAUCGGAUGAAGAACAGCAAAGGGGCAGACGAACAACAGGAUGAUGAAGAGGGAAAUAUCAAUGCCUUCCCCGAUGGCGGUCGUCUUACGGGUCAUUUCCUGGAUCGCUUGGUGGUGAAUGACAAAGUCCAGAUCGCCGGUCCGUUUGGCCACAUCAGGUACCUGGGCGACGGGAGGUUUCGACUUCUAAGUGGUCUAUGUGGUAGUAAACCAGAGGACCACCGCCCCAAUAUCAGAAAAUUUUCGCAAGUGGGGAUGGUCGCUGGCGGCUCCGGGAUCACCCCGAUGCUGCAGGUCUUGCAGUUUGCGGCAGCGGAAGCCGGACCUCCUCCUUUUCAGGCACACCUGGUGUAUGCGAACAAAACGGAGGAGGACAUACUAUGCCGGGAGUGGAUAGAGUCAGACCACUGUCGCAAGGUACUGCUGGGAAGAAAUACAUCACGCGGCAGCAGUAGAACGAAGUAUGUAAUUUCGGCGAAAGGCGAAAGAAUCUGCGAAGAAAUAUUCAAAAACCACUUACCACCCCCUCACGCGGAGACGCUUGUAUUGCUGUGCGGCCCCCCCGGUAUGGUAGCGGCAGCGCGGAAUUUUCUGCGGAAUCUCGGCCACGAAGCGGAGCAAAUACACGAAUUUUGAUAAAUGAAGUCUGUUUAUGGUGGAAAAAUGGAGCUGCGCGACAGAUGCUGAAUGAUGCUUCAACGAUGUAGGAUUUAUUAAAUGUAGUAUGAAUAGACAAGACAACGAUUUAUUUUACCUCGCUUUGAUGAUGAAAGUUGAAGUAGUUUGUUGUACACAGUUUUUAGCAAGCAGUAGAAGUACUACACCAACUACAGCGCAUCCUGGGAACAGUUGACGUAACAACCCAAGCAGAUGCAGACCCUCUUUUAAGUAGAAUCCGACAGAUAAAGGUGAAGCAGCGAGGGCCGAAGCUUUUGUAAGCUUACGAGU